AUGUUAACAACAGAAUCACCAACCACAACAACUACCACUACAACAACUACUACUUCAUCACCAUCAUCUGAUAUCAGAGAUAAAUUCAUAUUUGGUAAUUUAGAAGUUAAAGUCAAAGAAGUUAAAGGAUGUCAAUUACACUUUUUGAAUGUCAAAUGUGAAUUAGCAUUAAAGAAAACUGAAAUUAAAACUAAACCAUUAGCUAACCAUACUUUCUUUGAUGUCUUUUCAUUCCGUGUUUCAGCAGCAACAAGUGAAUUAGAAAUUGAAGCAUGGAAAAAGAAUUUCUUAUUUAAAGAUAAGAUGACAGGUUCUUUAACUAUUCCAAUUAAUGAUUUAUUACAUGCUAAUGGUGAAGCUAAAUGGUACCCAUUAUCAAAUAAGAAACCAAGAAGUUCAAGAGUAAAGAAAGAGAAUAUUACCAAUAGUAACAAUAAAGAUAAUAAUACUGCAUCACCAAGUUCACCAGAUGAAGCACAAGAAAAAGGUGACGAAGAUCAACAUCAUUCAGCAGAUGAAAGCCCAGCCGAAGAAACCUCACCAACUACAGGUAGACCACGUUCAGUUUCUAUGCCAGCAAAGAAGGUUAAAGCAGCACCAGAGAUUUGUUUAGAGAUUAAAUUCGUUUUGAAUGAACCACCAAAGGAAGUACUCAAAGGUAUCGUAUUGGAUGGUGUAUGGAACUCUGAAAACAAUUUCGGUAGCUUAAUCAAUAAUCCACAUUGGAUCAAAUGCACUCAAUAUCUUUUAAGCAUCAAAGAUGAAAUUACACCAAUCACAUUGAAACUCAGACAACCAGAAGGCACCGAUCAAAGAUGUUCCUUCUUUGUCAUCAACUAUGAUCCAUUCUACAAUGGCAGUAAAAAGGUUAUAUUGGAUACCACCAAUGAUAUCAAAAAAGUUAGUAGUUUCAAUUCACCAAUCCCAGCAACCUCUGUCGAUUGUAAGAUCGAUUUAGAGCCAGGUCAAUAUUGUAUCAUCCCAUACGCCGAAAGUUUUGCUUUCUCUGGCACUUACAAAUUCAAUUUAGACUCUGAGAAAUUGGAUAACUGUGAAUUCUAUGCACUUCCAAAGAGUCAAGAACAAGCUUGGAAUGAAAUCACCGUCGAUGGUCUUUGGACCACCGCUACCAAUGGUGGUGGUGAUAUCAAUAUCUUGGGUUGGACAAAGAAUCCACAAUACUCUUUCACCUUGACAAAGAAAUCUAGAGCUUGUGUAUUACUCAGUCAAGAUGAUAAUGAUAAGAGUGUUGGUUUUUAUGUUAUCAAACAAUUGGAUGCUGGUAAACGUGCUAUCGAAUUCAGAGAACAAGUCGGUAAAACUGAAUCCUUCAAAUUCUCUUGUUCCACUGGUUGCACUUUAACCCUCGACGAAGGUACAUACAUUGUCAUUCCAUCAACUUAUGAUCAUGGUAUCGAAGGUGCUUUCCAUUUAACACUUUUCACCGAUGAUAAGAAUGCCACCUUCCAACCAUUAACAAACGCUUUCCAAGAGGUUGAACAAGUUAAAGGUACUUGGGUUGGUAAAUCUGCUGGUGGUUCUCCAAAUCAACCAACUUUCUUCAAUAAUCCACAAUUCCAUUUGAAAGUACCUGCCUCUGAUAAAGAUGAAGUCAUCGCCGUUCAAUUGAUUCAAGAUUCAACCAUUGCCGAUGAAGGUAUUGGUUUCAUUGUUUUAUCUCGUGAUUCUCAUUCUGAACCAUUGACUGCUCAAGAUUUCCAAAAUGAAAUGGUUUUCACUAAAACUUCAAAUUGGGAAAAGAGAAAUGAUAUCGUUUGUCGUCUUCAUGUUAAACCAGAAUCACCAAGAGAAUUCACUAUCAUUCCUUCAACUUUUGAUCCAAGUGUUAAUCGUUCAUUCAAACUUCAAGUUUAUUCUGAUGUUUCAAUUUCAUUAGAUGAAAUUGAACAAAAAGAUGAAUCCUCUGAUUCUGAACAAAAUGAUGAUUAA